AUGGUCACGAAGGGCUUUGUGUACAGCUCCUUCCUGAAGCCCUACAACCCACGCAGGAGCCAAUCGGAUCUUUCGCUUGGUAGCCACUCCUCCAAUGAGUCUGGCUACGGCGGUUCCUCCCCUGUCUUUUCCCGCCAGAAUAGUAGCACCACUAUAACGUUCAACCCAGAGGCUGCAGCCGUCAGCUUCUCCGUAGCCACACCCACGAGCCACUCCUCUUCUACAGCUAAUUCCCAGGAUCCUGCUCUGAUGUCAUCCCGCCUGUUACCUGCCCAGAAUGACCAAAGUAGUCGAAGUGACCCUCUGGACUCUUCAUUCCAGACUCUGUCCAAUCACAGGGACUCUCCCGAUUCCUCCCAGCAGAAUGUGACCUCUCGUGGAGCACAGUCCCACUCCUCCUGCCAGAGUCACAUGAAUAAUCAGGACCGGUUAGAUUCCUCAGAAAUAGACACUCGUUUGUCCCUCAAGCAGUCAAUGCCAGGUCCCUCCCAGCAAUGUAGCCAAUCAGAUGCUCCCUGCAAUGGCCGUAAACAAUCAGAAUCUCCUCACCAGCGAUAUGGCCAAUCAGACAAGGGAUUCAACUCCGUUGCACGCCGGAAUAGGGAACAGAGGAAGCCUUUGUACCAUGCAGAGGAAUUUGCUGUGCCGGAAGAGGAGCCUGAUGGACACCAGAUCUAUUACGCACUGUACUCCUUCUUGUGACCUAUGCCGAUGUUGCCCAUGUCUUGCAGAUCUAUUACGCACUGUACUCCUUCUUGUGACCUUUGCCGAUGUUGCCCAUGUCUUGCAGAUCUAUUACGCACUGUACUCCUUCUUGUGACCUUUGCCGAUGAUGC